UACGUCCGUCAGUCCGCGAGUUGGCACGGCGACAGUGUGUUCGACGUUUCGAUAUCGGCACUGUCGAUAACGCUCGGUAUUUUCUUUUUUUCUUCUCUCCCUUCUCCUUUUUUUUUUUAAUUAUUUUCUCUCACUACUUCAACGUUCGGUUCGUCAAAGCGCGCGUUCCAGGAAGCCGAGCAGAUCUUCGUUAACUUUUUUUCACGGAUCACGCGUCGAAAUCGAUAUCGUGCCGAUCGUGCUUUCGACUCCCUUCGUUUUUCCUGGUCCCGUGGACAUCUGAAAGCUGAGCGGUCAAGAACGCUGGGCGGUCAGAGAAAGAAGGAAGGCUACUUUCGCUUUCGUUGAAGUGUUACGCAGAUUGUGGUGUGUGUUGCGAUAUUUCGACAAACGUUGAUCAAUCGGUGCGCACUCGCGCGAUCUUCCAAUACUUAGUCCCAGAUCUCGUGUUGGCAAUCCUCCGAGAAAUCGCAGCGUGUGAUUAAAAUCAGUCCGGCCGAUUUUGUCACGCACUCGCGUUACGUCUGACUCGGCAAUCCGGAGAGAGCGGAAGUAGACUUCGGAACCAAGUGAUUCGUGAGCUUUACUUUAAAAGAGGAGAGGAGGUGAUCGCCGCGAGAGGGUGAUACGGACUUCGCUCCGUAUUUUUUGUCCAAAGUAGACCUCAGGGUAGUUUUUCGGCAACGAUGUCGAUCAUAAUGCAGUAUAUAGACCGGUUCCACGAGAUGCUGGACAAACACGCGGACAGGAGAACAACUAAUUGGCUGUUGAUGAGUUCACCGUUUCCUACGUUAUUCAUCUGUCUUUCCUACGUCUACGUCGUCAAGGUGCUAGGGCCGAAAGUGAUGGAGAAUCGAAAGCCUUUCCAGCUUAAGAACACCUUGGUAUUCUACAACCUGUUCCAGGUGAUCUUCUCCGCGUGGCUAUUCUACGAGAUAGGAAUGUCCGGAUGGCUGACUGGAGACUAUUCUUUAAGAUGUCAACCUGUAAACUACAGCGACAGACCCGAAGUAUUGAGGAUGGUCCACGCAAGCUGGUGGUAUUACUUCUCGAAAUUUACCGAAUUCAUGGACACGAUUUUCUUCGUGCUAAGGAAGAAGAAUAAUCAUGUAUCCACGCUGCAUGUGAUCCACCACGGUUGCAUGCCCAUGUCGGUUUGGUUCGGUGUCAAGUUCACACCUGGCGGCCAUUCAACCUUCUUCGGUCUGUUGAACACCUUCGUCCACAUCGUGAUGUACACGUACUAUCUUUUGGCGGCGAUGGGUCCGAAGGUACAGCCGUUCCUCUGGUGGAAGAAGUACCUGACUGCCUUCCAGAUGGUGCAAUUCAUCGCCAUCAUGGUCCACGCCUUCCAGUUGCUCUUCAUCGAAUGCAACUACCCGAAGGCGUUCGUUUGGUGGAUCGGUCUACAUGCGGUCAUGUUCCUUUUCUUGUUCAAAGAAUUCUACCAGCAGAGCUAUCAGCAGAACAAACCCUGGAGGAAGCUGAACAACGCGGUGGUGGCGAACGGUGUCGCCAAGGACGAUCAGCAUCACUCGAAGGACAAGCACGCGAACGGAACCGCGAACGGCACGGCGAACGGCAGCGUCACCAACGGCGUCGCGAACGGCGUCGCCAACGGCGUUGCGAAUGGCGUCGCGAACGGCGUCGCGAACGGCGUCGCGAACGGCUCCUCUCCCAGGAGGAGGGACGCCGCCGAUUAUUAUGUGAAGGGUGAAAGCUUAGCGACGCAGCUCAAUAUUCGAAAAUCGUUCCCGGCGAAGAUCGAGUGACCCUCGAGCGAGCGCCUAGCCUAGUCGACCUUCUCUCGCCACGACGUUGUGUCUAUUUUUUUGUUCUCUCUCUCUCCGCGAAAUCGCCGAGGGAUCAAUGAACCUUCCCCUCCCCCUCUCUACCGGUCUCUUUUUCUCUAUUCUUAAUUUGUCGUAUUGAAACACGAAGGGUUUAAGCCCCUCACCGAGAUCGACGCAUCCAUCCAAAAAGGGUAUAAAAUUAUCGUCGCACGCUUCUCGAUUCGCGGAAUAUGCAUGGCAUUAAUAUGCAUUGAUGACUUUUUUUACAACGCGAUUUUUCAGCUAAUCUUAGCUAGGCUCCAGAUAGGCUCGAGCGAAGUGGUUGCGCGCGACCGUAAUUCGGCGAUUGGCGCAGCAGGACGUGUGGGUGAAUCGUCCUAGUGCUCCUACGACUGUAGAGAGAAAUGGGAAGAACGAGUUGUUUGUUUCGGACGCGGUGACAUUCGAAACAUCUAAGGCGCGUAAAAAAUUUUGCGAAUUUUAAGGAGGGUCUUGACAAUAAUUUACGCCGUUCUCGGGGUAAAUGGUCGCCGGCAACGGGUGAUAUUCGCGAGCACCGACCUUUCAAGGACAAUUAUUAUCGAUCGAUUGCGGGAGAAAAGAGAGUCAUUUAUCUGAAAGCGCUACAAGUUGAAUUAGAAAACGUAAUUUUUGUAGAUGUUCAAAAUAAUUUCCACCAUUUGAAUAAUGAGCAGAUUUUUCUCUAAUUUGUCACUGGAAGAUCGUGUCGGUUGUUGCGUAUUUGAAGCAGUCAGACAACUUUGACUAAAAAAAAAAAAGGAAAAAAAAGGUUUGACGAUCAUGGGAAAGCCACAGAGAAGAAACCGGUGGAGGAACGACCGAUGGAACGGAUUUAUCUGUCUGGGAAGCCCGGUGGUUUUAUCAAGUCGACAGUAAAUCAGCGCGAUGUCAUUUUUUUUUCGCCGCUUUCGCAACUGGAAAUACCUACAUGAUUGUUUUUGAUACCUCUUUUUUUUUUCUCACAAUGUCGGAAAGUUUGCUCCCUCUCGCUUUGGUAAAAAUAAAUUAUACCAAGAUUUUAUAACCGCGCGCUUUCUGGUAGAGAAUCCGCGUAGUCGCUGCUCCUUCGUCGCGAUCCUGGCGUUAUAUAAAGCAAGAAAUUACACGGACGUAGAUAAUGGUGACCCACAAUAGUCAUCCGACACUGUAUCGUUACACAAUUAGGUGAAAGAUCGUUUGCAUUUUUCGACUGUGCACCGCGUAAAUAGACACGACGCCUAGGACUCGACGCACGUUCGACGAAAGGAGUCCGGUGACCUUAACCGAUCGAAUCGCGAAGGAACGGACGUUGGUGCUUGAUUUCUCGGUUACAUAAACACAAAAGGACCGGUGCGAAUCGGUGCAUGUGAAAUUCGCUCGCAACAAAAGUCACGGUCGUUGAUCGGACGUUUCGGUCUUAUCCGCGAUCUUAAUACGACGUAUUAUCGCGCGUGUGUUAUCGUCACGUCAAAGUUUAUUGACCCUCCCCUGCCCCCACUAUUGUUCUCCCGUUAUUAUCGAGGAUCAAAGUUUUAUUUCCAACGCAUAUUAACAAGGAUUGUCAUGAUUCCUCAAGAAGAUAAUUAAAUAAAAAAAUUCGAAGAGUUGGAAUUUUAUAUAGUCUAUAAUUAGUAAGUUGAAUUUGCAAAUUUGAAACAGUCCACUGGACUAUAAUGAGAGUCAGAAGCUUUAGAUUGAAAAAAUUAUUAAGUUUAAAGUUGCAAUUUUAUAUAGUUUAUAAAUUAUAUUAGGAAAUAUUAAUUUUUUUAUAGAUUUAAUCUACUUGAAUAAAAUUAAAAUCAAUCUGUGCAAUUAAUUCGAUAAAACCACAGAGAUACCGUUGGUAUCUCGAUUAUCCGAGUCUUGAACGUUGACGCAAGAGUAAGAGGGACACGGUCGCAUUAACGUGCCUUUCAAGCAAAUAGGCGUGCCUUUGCUCAAUACUUAAAGCUCAAAAGUAUCGGUUCGAAAUGCCAGCGACCGAUCUCUGUGAUCGUGUACGUCGACUCGCGAGAGGGACUCGACCUUCCGCUUUCCCUUACGCACCCACAGCAGCCAACAAUCGUCGCCGUGCCGUUAUCGGUCCUGGCGUCGCGAUACCCCUCAUCACGGAUGCCCGAUGCUCGCUGCGGAUCACUCGCCGUCUCGGUUGUACUAUUUAACGCGUGUAAACGCGCGAAAUGUGCGCGGGUUCGCAUUCACAAUCGUCAGCGUGCCUCGACUGUGAGAGGUGAAAUAUUGAGAAUGUCCUCGCAGGAUGUUUAGCUGGAAGGAAUUUGAUAUUGAUGGAUUCGAAUAAUGAUAUUCAGAAUUGGAGCAAUUCGAUAUUUAUUUAUUAAAUUAUAAUCAUUUCUCGCAUUAUUUUUACAAUGAUAAAAGUAUGAAAUAUUGAAAAACGAAUGAAUUAAAAGGGGCUGCAAAGCACCCAGUUUGAAAAGUCGAGUAUCCACUUAUAAAAAUUGGGAAAUUUUACGAAGUUUCUAUAUCGGUUCUUUUAAACUUUUCUAUUUCUCGAUUAAGAUUAUUGGAAUACACAUCCGCUGAUGCCUGCUGUUUAAUUUUCAUUUUUGCUUCUAAUUGUAUUAUCAGAUUUUUAAUUCUUCCUUUUGCAAGUUGAAGGAUUAAAACCGCGACGAUCAGAAUGGUGGAUAUUCCCUCGCUCGCUUCGCACGUCUGGUAUAUAAUUACAUAGCGUCUUGUACAUAUAGGUAGGCUAGUUUUGUAUACUAAAGAGGAGUUCGAGGUACGAUGGUUGUUUCGUGCUGUCGAGACAAUUAAAAAAAAAAAAAAUCCAAGUUCAGGGGUCAAAGUGUUAACUUAUAAAUUUAUGUGUAUAAGAGAUGGGAGCUGUAUGAAUAAAAUCGCACUGAAGUGCAUCAUUUUUAUAAUUGCGGCUACGUACAUAAGAAAAUAAGAAAAAAAAAGAAGUGUCAAAGGAGCGCCUUUUCGACUUCUCGAGGGCUCCGGUCCAAUUACUGCCUUUCUCUUUUGAACGCUCUCGAGUCUUGCAAUUCAAGCAACGUAGAUUAUAGCAUGUGUAAUUGAAGAACUCGUUUCCAGAUUCCGGAUUUAUACAUUUUUCCUUCCUUCAGAAUAGACGAAAAUAUAUUCUUGGACACUUAUUGACUGAAAUAGAGAAAAACAACUGUCGAGUACAUAACUUGAGUUGUGUACCGAUCACGAGCUCUUUGAUUACGAUUUACUGUAAUUUGCAAUAAUCGAUACGUGUACCAUACGCGAGUGUUUGCGCGAUUGUCUAAAUUCGAAAUUCAAUCUGUAUAAAUAUCUGAAACCAAAAGAAUGUGAAGCUGUUGGCAAUUAAUUCUUUUCAGAUAUCUAUUAAAAAAUAAGAUUGCGCUUAGCGACAAAGGUGUCAAGUGCGCGCGUAUGGUACGAAAGAAAUGUAUGGACAAUCCGCCAAACAUUUUUUUCCACUCGGCCGGGAACUUGAAGUUAUUUUGUUGCAAGUGUCUCGCCGAAGGGGACGACGAAGGCGAAUUAUGGCCGCCAGUCUCGUAGGUAGCGAUAUGCGAAAAUUCCAAGUGCUCUUAUUCGAGAGAAUUUUUAUGUCGUAUUUUAACAAAAAUUUAUUAAUUAUACAAUUGGUUAACGUGUAUUACGUGACGUAUUUUUGUGAGAAAAAUAUAGGUCUAUUACUCCCAU